AUGUCAGGGAGAAGAUAUCUGGAGGAAUUGUACACAGCAUUAUUACGUCAGAAAGAUCCAUCUUCCUCACCAUCUCAUGCUAAUGUUGAUAUGGCUGCCUUUGGAGAGUUACUAGAUGCUGAUGCACAGAGAAUAAGGCAUCUCAGCCAGUACAUCCCUUUGUACAAAGCGGCACUCAAAGGUGACAGGAAAAGUGCUAGAAGAAUAUUUGACAGCAAUCCUGAUGCAAUUACUGCCAGGAACACGGAAGGGUUGAGCACAGCUCUUCACAUUGCGGUUGGGACAGGAAAAAAUAUUGACUUUGUGCGUAACCUGAUAGAUUUAAAGCCAGUUGAGGCAUUGGAAUUGACAAACGAUAGUAACAGCACCUCCCUGACGGUUGCUGCAAUGGUUGGGAACCUGGAGGUAGCCAGGUUGUUGGUAGAAAGAAACCCCAAUUUGCCCUAUAUACGUGACAACAAUGAAGUGGUUCCUCUUCAUAGAGCUGUGCAAUAUGGCCACAAGAAUUUGGUCUCAUUUUUGUUAGGAGUCACCAGAAAUGAAAUUAAGCCAACUUAUUCAAGUCCCUAUGCUGAUGAAUCUGGUGUCAUGCUUCUACUCCUUUUGGUGUUCCCAUCAGUAUGGAGAAACUUGCCCAACCACCCCAUUGAAGGAGAUUACCCAGCUGACUGUUCCCAAGUUUGUGUGCAGAUAUGCAGCCGGUUUUCAACUGAAGUGGAAAAGUUCGUAAAACCUGGGUUCAGAAAUGCUUUAAACGGUGAAAGAAAAACUCCUGCAAUGGUAUUCACGGAAGAACACAAGGAGUUGCUUAAGGAAGGAGAGCAAUGGUUGAAAGAUACGGCCAACUCGUGCACAGUUGUUGCAGCGCUUAUUGCAACGGUGGUGGUUGCUGCUGCUAUCACUGUACUAGGAGGCAAUAAUGCGGAUAGUGGCUUCCCAAUAUUCUCUGGUGAAAAAGCUUUUAUUAUCUUUGCCGUUGCAGAUGCACUCUCUCCGUUUUCAUCCACUGCUGCCAUGUUUAUGUUUUUGUCCAUUCUAACUGCAUGCUAUUCGGAAGCUGAUUUUCUAUAUGCCCUGCCCAAACGGCUAAUACUUUGCCUCCUAACUCUUUUCAUCUCCAUAACGUUUAUGAUGAUAGCCUUCAGUGCCACACUCUAUAUUGUCUUUGGUGACAAUAACCUCUGGACUCUCAUUUCGAUAGCAAUAUCAGCCUGUUUGCUGGUGAUUUUAUUUGUGUUACUGCAGUUGCUCUCCUGGUGGAUAUGUUCUACUCCACCAAUGGACCCAGUAUUUUGA